AACUGGGUGCAGUUUGGGAGGCAGGGCCCUCCCCUUGCUCAGGUGAGAGGAAGGAAGUGUUGGGGAGAGGAGGAGCUGAGCGUUCCUUCUGGCAGAGAGCAGCUCCUGGGGCUUCUGGGCUGGUUGCACCAAAGUUGAGGAGCUGCUGAGGUCCAGUAGCUGCCCAGUCUCAAACAAUGAACUAUGUGGGGCAGCUUGCUGAGACUGUCUUUGUCACGGUGAAGGAGCUAUACCGGGGUCUGAACCCUGCCACCCUGACGGGCUGCAUCGAUGUGGUCGUGGUGAGACAGCCCGAUAACUCCUUCCAGUGCUCCCCAUUUCACGUGCGCUUCGGGAAGCUGGGUGUGCUGCGCUCCAAGGAGAAGGUGGUUGACAUUGAAAUCAAUGGGGAGCCUGUGGACCUGCACAUGAAGCUGGGUGACAAUGGAGAGGCCUUCUUCGUCCAGGAGUCAGAGGAGAAUGAGGGCAGCAUCCCCUCCGGUCUCUGUACAUCCCCCAUCCCCAUGGAGGAGAGCACAGAGGAUGCUGCUCAGCCCUCUCAUGCACAGGAGACCACCAGCGUUGAAGGGACCCUGCGCAAGAAGAGGCGACGCAGGAGGAAGCCCAAGAAGAAGCAGGUUUCAGACUCAGAAUUAGGAGACUGCGAGGAGUCCAAAAGUGAGAUGUUUGUGAAGGAGCCAUGCAAGCUGCCAGCCCAUAGUGAUUCAGUGUAUUUCUCCUUUGCUGAUCUCUCCAAAGAAGAAACUGGGUCGUUGCAGUCCCCAGAGAUGCACCCUUACUCUGAUGGGGAACUGGCCUCCAUGGACAGCCCCACCCUGAGCCAUCCAUCUUCUCCCAAGAGUGACUCCGAGCUGGAGAUCAGACCACAGGAGAGUUUUGCUUCAGGGGCUGAAUCCCACAUGCAGUGGACCUGGGGAAGGCUCCCUCAGGUGAAUAAAUUGGAACGAGUUGAACCAGCCAAGUCCACAAAGACCAUUGGUACUGCAGCAACCACUGUCUCUGUGACACUGGUCCCAGUGGAUGAGGCAACCCACUUUGUUGCCACCUCUCAAGGUCUGGGAGGAGAUCCAAGCCCAGCAGGACCUCAGGGCAUACCUUGUUCCUCAGCUGUAUCUGUUGUUGAGCCAAAACCUGCAACCCAGGAUCGGAAUGACCUCCCCAGGCUGAAGGACAUCCCCGCUGUGGGGGCAGAGAGCUCAUUGGAGGCCUCCUCAGCCCCACAAGAGAAACAGGAGGGAGGUGGAAGUGUUAUGCCAGAGGUGCAGCCAGAUGUGGAGCCCUUUGAGGGAGCUGCUGCUCUGAGGCAGGUGGACUCAGAGGACCCUGAGCCCCAGCUGGAAAUCCAGAGAAGACAAGGUUCCAUCAAAAGAAGUCCUCACCUGGGUCCCAGUGACAUUUAUCUAGAAGACCUCUCCAACAUGGACAAGGAACAGGUGGCUCUCUAUUUCCCCAGGAGUGACACGGAGCAGAGCUCAAAGCCUGUGGCAGACCCCAGCAAUCCUCUGUGUGUCCAGCUGCCACCUGAUUUGCCCACCGAGAUCCCCAUGGAUUCUGACUCUGAUUUGAUGCCUGCAAUUGCCCUGUCGCUGUGUGGAGGCCUGGGGGGCAGCAGACAGAUCUCUCAUGAGAAGUUCAUAGAGCACAUGAUCUCCUACCAGCAGUUUGCUGAGAAUCCAGGACUCAUCUAUGACCCAAACCUGGUGAUACUGAUCAACAAGAAGUAUUACAACUGGGCAGUGGCUGCUCCCAUGGUCCUGUCCCUGCAGGCUUUCCAGAGGAACAUUCCUGAGAGCACCAUCAACCAGCUGGUAAAGGAGAAGAUGCCCAAGAAAGGCAGCAGGUGGUGGUUCUCCUGGAGGAGGAAAGAAUUCCAAGCAGACGAGGUCUUUGCAGUGCAGCUGAGGCCAGGGAAAGCCAACGUAGAAAUGCUACAGCCCAGCUCUGCUCAGCAGGGGCAGGAGGGGGCAUCAUCCAGUGAUGAUGAGCCCCUGCACCAUGGGGACAUGUUAGCAGUGGACACUCCUGCACAGAAAUCUCUGCCAACUUACAAGAAAUCCUUGCGGCUCUCCUCCGAACAAAUCGGAAGGCUGAACCUGCAGGAUGGCCCCAACGAGGUGGCAUUCAGCGUAACAACUCAGUACCAGGGCACAUGCCGCUGUGAGGCUACUAUCUACCUGUGGAACUGGGAUGACAAGGUGGUGAUCUCAGACAUCGAUGGCACCAUCACCAAGUCAGAUGCUCUUGGCCACAUUUUGCCACAUCUGGGAAAAGACUGGACUCAUCAUGGGAUUGCUAAACUCUUCCACAAAAUCCACCUGAACGGCUACAAGUUCCUCUACUGCUCGGCCAGAGCCAUCGGCAUGGCACACAUCACCAAAGGCUACCUCAAAUGGGUCAACGAGCAAGGCUGUGCCCUCCCCAGGGGCCCCAUCCUGCUUGCCCCUAGCAGCCUCUUCUCUGCCUUCCACAGGGAGGUGAUUGAGAAGAAGCCAGAGGUGUUCAAGAUCGCCUGCCUGAUGGACAUCCAAAAGCUGUUUGCUGCGAAGCUGCCCUUCUACGCAGCCUUUGGGAACAGAGCCAGCGAUGUCUACGCUUACAAGCAAGUGGGCCUGCCGGAGAGCCGCAUAUUCACAGUCAACCCCAAGGGAGAGCUGAUCCAGGAGCUCACAAAGAACCACAAGUCUACAUACGAGCGGCUGUCAGAGCUGGUGGAGCUGAUCUUCCCUCCCCUGGGGCAGAGCGGGAGUGUUGCUCUGGUGUGUCCAGAGUACAGUCACUUUGCUUACUGGAGGCCUCCGUUGCCUGCUGUUGACUUGGGUGUCUUCUCCUGACCCCGUUACCUGUGGAGGCCUGUCCCAGGGCUCUCCCGUACAUCCUCUGCCAGGACUGGAUCCUCCAGGUGCAUCUCCUCUUCCCUGGUUGCUGCUCAGGCAUUUUGCACUUCUAAUGCAGUUCAUGUUCUGUACUAGGAACACCCCUUCUCUGAAACCAAAGGGGGAUAAGAGGGGGUUCUGACUCUACAAAAACUCCAUUUACUAAAUGGAAAUUUCUAUGAGAUGGGUCUUUUCUCAGUGCUCGUAACACCUUUAAAGCCUGGCUCUUCUUUAAAGGUGGGGAUGGGUCACGGUCUUAUUUAUUGAUGAGCCUCUGGCAUAGCUAUUUCUACCUCCAGUCUGUCCAGUGUUCCUAGACAGUCCAGCUACCUCCAGUUUGGUAGCCAUUGGAGUGAAGCUGUCCCAUGGUUUAACAACUCAUUAAGGUGGAUGGAAGCUGUUUGGGGUUUUGAGUUUUCUUCACUACUAUUAAUUAACAGCAAUAACUAAUAAACAGUGCCUUAAUCCAG